AUGACAGUUUGGCUACCCCCCUCCAUUUUGAGUCCGCCCCGACCGAUUUCCGAUUCCCAACGACAAGAACGGGAAACCUCUGGUCCCGUCCUCUUCGAAACUUUUCCCAAACUGACCUUCACCGUUCCUUCCAGAAUGGACUCGGACGAUUCAUUCGAAGUGAUACAACUCUCUCCGAGCGCCGACGAUACCGAGUUAUUCGACAUACCGUUAGAACACAAUCGGCCAAUACCUAUACAGGAUGACGUCGACUCGACGCCUAACUCCGUUGAACUUGAUACCACCACGACGGUGAAGGUUGACCAGGCCACCCAAUGUACUCCGUCAGACUUUAUAGUCCCCAGAUUGCUAACGUCAAGAGGAAUCAUCAAAAACGUAGGAUUUUCCAUCGAAAACGAAGACAUCUUAUCAGAAAGCUACAACCAAGGUAUCGAGAUAAUUGAAACACGAAGACUCAACCGAAGAAUCAUAAAAGAAGACGGUUCCAUCGCAUACGUUCCAUCAAGAACUUGUCUACUUACCUUUCAAGGCCGUCCCUGCCCGAAAGAUCUAACUAUUUACGGAGUAGCAACCUCGAUAGAACCUUACAUAGCCCCGGUCAGACAAUGUAAAAACUGCCUCCGCUUCGGUUACUCGCAGACCACCUGCAGAAGUUCCAAAAGAUGUGCCAAGUGCGGACUAAGCCAUACAGACGACCCAUGCCCGAACAAACUAGAAUGCAUAUACUGUGGCGAAUCCCACUUAGCCACAGACAGAACAUGUAAAGAAUUCGAAAGGCAGAAGAAAAUCAAUGAAUCCAUGGCAUUCCACGAUUAUUCCUAUUACGAGGCAUCAUCUAUUUUCCCUCCUCUAAAGCCUUCUAACAAUCAAGCCAACUUUCAAAGAUCCGCACAAGCUUUCCCAGCAAUUAAUCCUCCCGGUCAAAGAAACACAAACAGAUUCAAUCUUAAUUCAAACAUAUCCACCCCAAAAAACUUAUCAUAUAGCCAAACAGCCUCCCUACCCGCUAAAAGGAAAAGACCCAUCAUUCUUCAAAAACCCAACGCCUUCUCAGCCGAACACAACGAAAUGCUUCUUGCUUCUACUGCCGGAUACAAAACAUCAGGUUCCGUCCUCACUCAAUCAUCAUACACCAAAACACCCCCCCUCUACAUCUCUUAG